CAUAUGUCCGCAGAGGAAGUCAAGACUCUCGCGAGAAAACUAAACGUGUCGGACGUCUGUCGCCCGUUGUACUUAUGCUAUAUAGUCUCCUCUUAUAAAACAUGAGUUGAGCAAGGUGUUCGAUUGCGAACUUCAUUAAAAGAUGGAUAUGCUUGACAUCAGCCUAGAAGAAGCAAGCCGUCUUCUACGUACUGCUCUUCUAGUACUCUAGUUCGAUAUAGAAGGAUUGUGAUGUAGAAAUAGGAAGAUCAAGAUUUAGAAGAAGAAGAAAAAAUAGUUCAAGUUGAGGGAUAUAAAAGAAUUCAGAAGAUGGAAGGUAGCAGUAGCUAGUAGGAAUACUUGAUUUUCUUGAUACCACAAUCAAGUAUGUUGUACUUCACAACGAUCUAAUUUUCGGUUCAAUUCCGGUGACGCGGGGCACCUUUGUAGAAGGUCAGCUUCGUGCUCAUGGGAGGCAAGAUUGUAGACAACAUGGGUCUUCUACCAAAGCUCCUGGUGCCGAUCGUGCUGCAAGAAAAGUAUCGCAUUCCCAGCAGCAGGUAAAAGUAGCGGACACAAGCUACACGAACCUGUACAUGAACAACAGUAUUCCGCAUCCCGUCAGCAAAAUGGCCAGCAGGAAGAUGCGCUCUACAAGUGCAAGUGCUUCUUCUAGCACAUCCCUCUACAACAACAACGACAACAACAACAACAACAACAACAAUGAUCUUGCAGGUCUUGAGCCA